AUGUUUAUGGCGUCUCUGAGUCCGCUCAGCCCAGAAGUGUUAUAUGAAUUCCGCGCUGUCUGCGGGCCCUAUCACGAGGUGGUGCUGCUACGCCGCUCAAACGCACCUGCCCAGCCCGUCUUCGCCAUGUUUCGCACGCUCGAUGAGUAUCCCAUGGGCGAUCUCUUCGCACCAUAUCCCGCUCGACCGCAUCAAUUUCUUCCUCGAGACAUGGAAUGGGUGCUGGAGGCCCAUCCAGCCAUCCGCUGGGCCCUGAUCGCCGAGGAGCGCCGCGGUGGUCUCGCCCUUCUUCUGGACCGGCACCCCGAUGUAAGUAUCGAUCCGGCUAAGUUCUGGGAUACGAUUCUACCGCUGCUUGACCAAGCCAAUGCCCUGUGUCACAUCCCAGCUAUCCUCCGCCACGACCUCAUCGUCUUUACAGACCCGGCCCGGCCCCUGCCGCUAGGUGUUAAGGGGAAUCCGCAACGCGCCCGCUCGAUCGGACCGUAG